UAAUCUCUCUCUUAUCUCUCUCUGAAUAUGUGGCGGAAAUGGAAAUUCAUUAUCAUCACUCUCUUCUCUCAGCUUCUCCUUGCCUUAGACGAAGGACUAUGAAAGCUACUCGUUUCACGCCUUUCUGCAACCAAAAUACACAUUCACAAUAUCCAUCUCUACCACACAACAAGAUAAUCCAGCAGUGGAAGCAGGAACAAGGUUUCGAUCACAAAAAUGGAUAUAUAGAUUGCACUGCAUUGGUACGAGCCUUGAGUAGAAAAAGAAUGCCUCAUCUAGCUCAGAAGCUUGUACUUGAGAUGAAAUCUGAAGGUUUUUUGCCUAACAGCUCUACAUUGUCAUCUCUGAUGUUAUGCUAUGCAGAUAAUGGCCUUCUUCCCCAAGCACAGGCAGUUUGGGAUGAAAUAAUAAAUAGUUCUUUUGUGCCAAGUAUUCAAAUAAUUUCAGAGUUAUUUGAUGCAUAUGGGAAGAUGAGGUAUUUUGAUGAAGUUUCCAAAAUAUUGGAUCAGGUAAGUUCAAGGGAUUUUAAUUUGUUACCUGAAGCUUACUCACUGGCUAUCUCUUGCUUUGGAAAAGGAGGGCAGCUUGAAUUGAUGGAGAAAACUUUGAAGGAAAUGGUUUCUAGGGGAUAUGUUGUAGAUUCUUCCACCGGUAACGCUUUUGUAAGAUAUUAUAGCAUCUUUGGUUCUCUAACAGAGAUGGAGAAUGCUUAUGGCCGCUUUAAAAAGUCUAGACUUCUAUUAGAAAAAGAAGGAAUCAGGGCAAUAUCACUUGCAUAUAUUAAGAAAAGAAAGUUUUACAAAUUGGGUGAGUUCCUUAGGGAUGUGGGUCUUGGUCGGAAAAAUGUGGGGAAUCUUUUAUGGAACCUGCUGCUGCUAUCCUAUGCUGCCAAUUUUAAAAUGAAAAGCUUGCAGAGAGAAUUUGUGAGAAUGGUUGAAGCUGGAUUCCAUCCUGAUCUUACAACAUUUAAUAUCAGAGCUCUGGCCUUUUCAAGAAUGUCUUUGCUUUGGGAUCUACAUCUUAGCCUUGAACACAUGAAACAUGAAAAAAUUGUCCCUGAUCUUGUGACUUGUGGUUGUUUUGUUGAUGCAUACUUGGAUAAAAGACUUGGAAGGAAUUUGGACUUUGCUUUGAACAAAAUGGACUUGGAUGAUUCUCCAGUAGUAUUAACAGAUCCAUUUGUGUUUGAGGUUUUGGGUAAAGGGGACUUUCAGUCAAGCUCAGAGGCGUUUUUGGAGUUUAAAUGCCCAGGGAAAUGGAACUACAGGCAGCUAAUUGCAGUGUAUCUCAAUAAACAACAUCGGAGGGAUCAAAUCUUCUGGAAUUACUGACAAGUGGUGGGCUGCUUGUGCACAGAAAAAUUUUGACUAGUUAGUGUAGAAAAAAGGAUUCUUAAUGAUAAUGGAGUCUACAUCAGUUCUUUGAUGCUGACCAUGAUUAGUAUGUUGAUGAUUCAUAACUGACCCCAAAAUUAGGGACUAAGGAUUGGUUGUUGUUGUUAUAUAUCAGUUCUUUGAUACAUUGGCUUUGGUUUUAAAACCUGCAGUUGUCACUUUGUAUAUGACUAGAUUGGCUUGAGAUUCGUCUUCCUUUGUACUUCAUGUGUUUGCCCUGAAUAGAUUUGAUAGCUUGUCUAGAAAGAUGUAUACUUUGGGAGAUGUUAAUUUCAAGAAAUUUGUUUUUUUAAAGCUGAUUAUCUUAUUCAGAAUUCCUAAAUGAGUAUCAUGUUAUAAUAGAAGAAUACUGGAAAAUGGAAAAACCUAUUCUAUAUAAUUUUUUUCCCCUCACAAAAUUGGUGGCUGGUGGUCCUAAAACACCCUGUAGAGACUAGAGACUAUUGCCUAUAUGUAUAUAUGGAAAGCUCCAAUGUUCUUCUCUCUUUGAAACUUAGGAGUCAGCACCUAGACUUGUUUGGAGUCAGCACUAAGCGAGGAAAACCACAAUGAAUUAGCACUAGGGUCAGCUGAAGUUGGCACUAGACCAAAGAAACUGAAAGAAACUUCUCAUUCAUCAAAAUCAUCUUAAAAAAGAAUACAAUAGUUUGCUUAUAUAGAAAGACUAAACUCUAGUUCUAAUUGGCGUAUGAACAAAAAUAUCUUUGCUUCCAAAUAUUAAAAUACUAAUAACCUAAUAAAAUACUAGGACCUUAAACAUAACAAUACAGUUGACUUGCAAAAAUAUAUAAUACUAAAUUAUAAUUAAAAUCUCAUUGUGUCUCUGGUGUCAAACUUUCUAUUUUCUUUUCUGAGCUUUAAGAAAUUAUCAGCAGCACAGUGAGAUUCGGGAGUCUAAUUAUAUCAUUGUAUAGAGUCAUCUCUUUGUAUCUAUUCCGGACCUUAGAUUUCCUUCGCUCAAGGAAGGAAGCAUAUUGUCAUUGAUCAUCUGUUUUGUGUAUCAUUGUACAGGUACCUUUAGAGGUUACACUUAAAAUUCCUACUAUCUAAUUUCUCUUUAUUUCUUUGCUUUUAGCAAUUUUAUGUAACAAUGCUAGUAAAUCAUCUUUAUGAUUUAGUCAUUUUUAAAGCUUUUAUAAAUUUUGAAUCUCUCUAUCAAAUCAGGAAUUAUCUUCUCUAAUAAAGCAAAACAAAAAAGGGCUUAAGCUUUUUUAUUUUAUUUUAUGGAAAUACUGUAUAAUUACAUUUUUCUUGAUGUUCAUCAAAGAAGCAGAAAACAAUAGCAAUCUUGACAACACUGACUGGGAAAUUUUCCUUCUAUGCUGACAAACCAAAUUUGGCUUCUUGCCUUGGUUCCUUUCUCCCUGACAUAUUUGAUCAAAUUCAGUUGCCAACUUACCUUUCAAGCAAAACUUCAUUUGGUUUUCAAUUAAAAAAAAAAAAAACUCAAUCUGUACGCUAUCUUGCUCCUAUGAAGGAGGAUGUGCUCGGUCGGCUCUUUGUGGUAUCAAAUCCAGCUUGUGCUAGUUGAGACACAUCAAUCACAUGCUGAAAGGAAGAAAAAUUUUAUUUAGAAAAAAACUUUAGAAAUUUGUGAAGUUUUCCUAGGUAAUAUGAUAGGUAAUACAACUUGUGUUCUAUAAAACUGUUGUCUGUUUGGAAUUUCGACUUACUUGUAUUGAGGAAGCUUGACUUUUUCUUGGUGAGUUUGCUGCACUAUUGUUCAUUGAGAAGCAGACCAUUUCCUCUUCAGCAAGUGCUCUUAGUCUGUUAAGCAGGGGUAACACAACCUUCCCAAGAUCCGGUCUAUCUUUUCGCCUCAUUUCUGCACAUUGAAGAGCUAGCUUGGCGAACAUCAGUGCCUCUUCAACUGGCCAGUCAGGUACAGCUGGGUCAAGCAUCUCAGCAAAAGUUCCAUUCUCAAUAGCCCGUUCAACAUGAUGAGUUAAACCCAUUGGUGGCUUGGCUGUUAUCAUUUGUAGAAGCAAAACUCCAAGUGAGUAUACAUCAGACUUUAUUCCCAGCAUGCCUGUUUGCUGAUACUCUGGAUCAAUGUAACAAAAAGUUCCAGCUGUUGAUGUCAUGCGAUACUGAGUUACAGUGUCGGCUACUGAUGGAGGAACAAGCCUGGCCAAGCCAACAUCGCUAAUCUUGCUGACAUAGUUACGAUCAAGCAAAAUGUUGCCUGGCUUUAGAUCACGGUGUACAAGAGGUUCAGGCUUAGUUUGGUGAAGGAAAAGGAGGCCAGUGCCAAUCUCUGCAGCAAUUCGGAAUCUUAAUUGCCAAGUAAGAACAGGAGUGCCACCCCGCCGAAAGAGACGGUCUUCUAAGCUCCCAUUAGCCAUGUGCUCAUAGAUAAGGCAGCCAUACUCUGGGCAAGCUCCAAGGAGGAGAACCAUGUUUGGAUGCCGAAUGCAGCUCAGUACUUCAACCUGCAUAACAGGCCGUACUGUACAUGUCCAUUGUUUGCUUGAGCUCUAGCCUUAGCCUCCUCAUCUCAGCUUCUACAUCAUCCUACUUAUUGUCCUUACCAAGUUUUUUGAUGAAAAGUCAACCUUUGAAGAGGUCAUAUCAAUUGACUUGUUGUUUCCUGCAAAUAAGGAUCCAAAGUUGUUGUCGUCAAAAUCUGAGCUGGUUGAAAGUCGAGGGUUCAAUCCGGAUUCUAUAUUGUCAAACAAAGGAAACAUGCGAUCUGUGCUUGGCCUUCCAGUGCUCACAUAUGAUAUGUCAGAAUCUGGAAUGGAGAGCUCAAAUGCUUUGGUCAAAGAAGCUCUAUUAUUUCUGUUGAAUGGUGACCUGUUCCAGACAUUAUCAGUUCAGUCCUUUUUUAUGGCAAACCAAACUUUCAGUUGA